AAGACGAGUGCCUGAAAAGUUUGAGAUCUAAGGACAUGAGGAGCAUUUUCAUAUGGGGCUGCCUCCUGGCUGCAGUUAUCGGACCAUGCAUGGCGGACAUGUACUUGCAUUUUCCACCGGGAUCUAAUAACCGUUUAAACGGUGCCGACGUAAAUGUCCAUAACCGAAAUAGAUUGUUUAAUUCGCAGAACAAUGACAAGUGUGGGUACAAUGUUGGAGACAACGCAGACACAGACCCAGGAGCAACAGCUAUACCAGAGUACAGACAACUACCAAUGGAGUUCUACAUGAGCGGAUGUGAUGAGGAAAAGCACAAAACUGAAAUAGAAAUCAUGUGGACGAAUCAACACGGGACCGGCCCAAAGACAGAUGACAUGGUGGAAACACAAGUUAUCUUACAGUACAUGUGUCAACCGUACCCCCAGGGCAAGAUGGCUUCUGAUAAUGUGGACAGGGAGUUUGAAUUCCAUACGAUUCGCAACGGCCAAUCAACUGCCAGUCAGUCUUUUGGAGACGGAGGGAGAGAGGACCAGUACGUUUCAAAAUCCUACGGAAUUCAUGAACCUUACAAUUACUAUCAGGCAUAUUACCGCAGGGAAAGAAAUAAAGGUUUAUUCACCGCUGACCAACACCUCGGAGAUGAUCGGUCGUUUUACACACGUCAAAACACUGGUGGAACUAUAUAUGGCUUUGAAAUCCCCGAGGAACGUGAUUAUUUUCCCUACUGGGGCCCCACCCCGUGGAAGGACAUUGCUAUCAUGGUCAGCGAUAAAAAGACCGAGGAUUUGAUGAAGAAAUACGUCAACAGUACUCAUUAUGGACAUAAAUACAUGUGUGUUAUGCCAAACAAUUUAGAAGGUAUCACCUGUCCACCACCCAACGGACAGGAUAAUCCCGCCUUCCAGUGCAUCGCUAAAUACAUCACCGCAGAGUCCUGUAAAGCCGCCGGAGGAACCUGGACAAAAUUCAUUACUAACUACUUGGAAAAAACUUCCGGAGUGUUGAGCACCUGCCAUGAUGUGGGAGAAAUGAAGCUGGCAAGAGGUAUACCGUACGACGCACACAAGAUCUCACAAGGAGCUGAUAACAAGUUACAGUAUGUUCUCCUUCAUAAACCCCCUGAUGUGAUCUACGCCCCAUCUACUGUGGUCAACCACAACGGAAUGAGCAUGGAGGGAAAUUUUUCGACGUACAAGUGGAAGGUUCCUUGCUUUCCGUCCAACACCACACAGCGUUGUGUGUUGCGGUUGAGAUACAACAUCACCACUGAUGACGUUCCACGCGAGUUUAAUGCCAGCAACAAUAAUGACAUUACGCCUAAUCCAGUAACGAAAGCCGUUGACAACACAACCGAUCUCCAACUCGCUUUGAACACGGCACAGGUCGGACGAACAUUCCAGGACAGAAGUCAUGUCUUCAUUUUAAAACCACGAAAUCAUCUGCCUCUGAAAUAUCAGCAUUCCAACAUCUACUACAUUGGAGGAAUGGGAAAGAGAGGAAACAUCGUACAGACUUACCCGGCCAUGGAAUAUCGCUUCACUCCUGAACGUACUACAGUUACGACAGAGGAUGUGUUGUGUUUUGUUUGGUCAGGUUCCAACAACAAUCCGUCACACUAUGCUGGACAAGGACAACAUAGUACUGAUCGCACCAACGUUUGUUGGGUAAAGGAAGGGUGCAGCUAUCUCAAACCAAAAACAUGCUCCAGCCUCCCUCUCGAAGUCGUCGACCAUGUUGAUGAAUUCGAUGCUCACAAGUUGAAUCUUCAUCUCAACACGGGAUGUUUCACGGGGCAAGUGCAACAUCACGGUCAGGCCACUCUUCAGAGUCAACUGGACAACGCCCCAGCCUCCUGCAACCCGCCAUGUUUCCGCAUCACGAAGCCUGGGGAGUACUGCUAUAUGAGCACGCGCAACAACAACUUCUCCAACCGACGUCACAUCGGCAAGAUCACUGUUACCGAGGCUGCCAAGUGAUCUGCAUGUCUGCAGUUGAAAUCAUUUGUUUCUUGAGGGUUCAUGUAGUUUUAGGUUUUAAGCUGUGGGAUUAUUGCUUUUGAACUAAUACAAGCCUAAGGAAUCUUGUUUGUAGCACUCUGCAUGUUUGGAGUUGAAAUCUUUCAUUGCUUGAGGGUAUAUGGAGUAAAUUAAAGCCCGGUUUUUAGUUAUGGGUUUUGUCAUUAGACUAAGGAAUCUUAUUUGUAGUACUCUGCAUGUUUGGAGCUGAAAUCAUUUCUUUCUUGAGGGUGUAUGUAGUAUAGGAUUUUAAGCUGUGGCAUUAUUGUUUUUAAACUAAUACAAGCCUAAGGAAUCUUGUUUGUAGCAAUCUGCAUGUUUGGAGUCGAAAUUGUUCAUUGCCGGGUGUAUGGAGUGAAACCCAGAUUUUAGCUGUGGGUAUUUGUCAUUAAAUUAAGGAAUCUUGUUUGUAGUACUUUGCAUGUCUGGAGAUGAUCGUUCAUUGCUUAUAAGGGUGUAUGUGGUGUAGGAGUUUUAACUGAAGGGUUGUUGGGGGUUGUUGCUAUAAAACUAAUAGAAGCCUAAGGAAUCUUCCAUUUAGUACUCUGCAUGUAUCGGGUUGAAAGAGGGUUUAUGUAGCAAAGCCGGGUUUUUAACUGUGGGGUUUUUGUCAUUAAACUAUAGAAGCCUAAGGAAUCUUUUAUUUAGUACUCUGCAUGUAUAGGAUUGAAAGAGGGUUUAUGUAGAAAAGCCGGGUCUUUAACAGUGGGGUUUUGUCAUUAAACUUAUAUGCAAGCUUAAGGAUUUUGUUUGUAGUACUCUGCAUGUCGGGAGUUGAAAUCGGUUAUUGUUUAUAAGGGUGUAUGUAGUAAAGCCGGGUUUUUAAUUGUGGGAUUUUUGUCAUUAAACUAUAAAAACCUAAGGAAUCUUCUAUUUAGUGCUCUGCAGGUGUGGGGUUGAAAGAGAAUUUAUGUAGUAAAGCCGGGUUUUUAACUGUGGGGUUUUUGUCAUUAAACUAUAGAAGCCUAAGGAAUCUUGUUUAUCAUGUAUGGGGUUGAAAGAGAGUUAAUGUAGUAAAGCCGCAUUUUUAACUGUGGGUUUUUGUCAUUAAACUUAUACAAGCCCAACGAAUCAUUUUUGUAGUACUCUGCGUAUAUGGAAUUGAAAUCGUUCAUUUCUUAAGGGUGUAUGUAGUACAGAAUGUUUAACUGUGGAUUGCUACAAUUAAGUGAAAACAAGCCUAAGGAAACUUGUACUGUUUAUGGAUUGGGGAAUAAAGAAAACUUGCGGGA